GUCGCCCGUAGCCUUAGUUCGGGCGGUUAAUUAGUCUUAAUUAUUUAGUUUAAUUUUAAUUAUAAUUAUACAAAAUAUAUUAAUAAUAAACGUACAGUAAUAUAAUAAUAAAUAAUUUUAAAAAUGGAAGAACUAUGGCGCGAUACGAAUAUAUUUUAUAAUGUUCUGUGUUUCUUGAUAACGGAAAAUGAAAAAUUAUUUGAUCGGAGUGAUUCUAAUUUGUAUUGGAGGACUGUAUUCCAUAUAUUCGGUAUUCUCCAUCAUGUAUAUAUCGGAAUAACUGCUCCCAGCCUUAACAUUGUCAACAAUCCAAACCCAGACAUUAGAAUUUUAUAUACAUUUAAAGCGGCCUACCUUACCGGAUGGAAUUUUACCUUCCAGACCGUGUUCCUCGGUCUGUCGCUGGUGCAUGAUAUCCUGGAGUGGCUGGACAAGCAAGAAAACUCAUUAGCUGCAAAGAUUAGAUACUGGAGAAAUAUCAUAUUCAGCGGAAUGGUGGUUCCGUUUACCUUAUUCGUAACGGCCAUGUUCUGGUCUGUGUACGCCAUCGAUAGAGAGCUGGUUUUCCCGCGGAUUUACGACCAGGUUGUACCCUGGUGGUUCAACCACUGCGUCCACACCAACAUAACGAUUGUCGUCAUCAUCGAAACAUUGCUUCAAGCGAGAAGAUACCCCACUAACCAAAGACUGGAGCUGAUUCUCUACUGGAUAGUUGCUUUUUCGUACGCUAUAGUAUAUUACACGAUAUACUUCUUCACGGAUCGCUGGCUGUACCAGGUCUUCGGUACAAUGAACUGGUGGCAAGUUUGUUUAUACCAAUUAGGAAUCUGGUUGGUUUCAUACAUCUUCUAUAAAAUCCAGUUUCCGAUCAACAGAUUAAUCCACGGUCACGAAGAUAAUGAAACAAAUACAGAAAAAUCUGAUGAUGAUGACAAAGAUAAUGCCGUCAAUAAUAAAAUCAACGAAAACGAUACGGAAAUAAAUAAAACGAAGACAAUUGAAAAUAGUCAAACUAUAACAGAUUCGAACACAAGAGUGUUACCUAAAAAAACAUGGAGCUUAAAAUUUAGGAGCAUCAAUAAUCACACAAAUUAA